AUGGAAGCCCAACUGGCUACACUGAUGAAUGAGGUGAAGAAUCUAAAAAUUGACCAAGAACAGCCAAGAAUGGAAGUAUUACAACUCACAGCUACUGAGAGUGAACCAUGCUCAGCUUGUGGUGAGAAUCACGAUUCAACAGACUGUCCAUCCACAGCCUUGGUAUGUUAUACAGAAGAUUUUGGGAACAUAAAUUUCACCCAGGCCAGAGACAAUCAACAUGCAGGAAGCAACAACAACCAGAAUCCUAGAGGCACCAUAGUGAAAGAUCAUAACCACAACCCACAAUGGAAACCACCCAUGAACCAAAGACCAUACAACAACCAGCAGCAACAACACCAACAAGGCAGCAGUAUGGGAAAUAGAGCAUAUGACCAACAGAGAAGACCCAAUUAUGCUCUAUUCCCCAGAGAUGACCAACACAUCAACACCUUGGAGAAUCAUAUAGCUGCUAGCCUCAACACAAAAACAUCAGGAAAACUGCCAGGAGAUACUGAUGUCCUCUCAAGAUCCUCACCAGAGCAGAUCAAGGCAGUCACCUUGAGGAGUGGGAGAAUUGCUACACAAACCUCAACCACUCCCAAGACCACCAAUCCUGGGAAGGAACGUAAUGAACCAUUGGAGGUAUCUCCAAGUAUGACACAACAACAACCAACACAAGUAGCUGGUGAAGAAGAUCAAGAACUUGGAGAAAGAAUUGUAGCUGACAAACAAACUCAAGUGGGAAGAAGUCAACCCAUCAGACCACCACAGAACAAGCAAGUGCCAGUUACAAUUCUGUUCCCUCAAAGAACAAAGAAGCAACAAGAUGAUAAGCAGUUUGGAAAAUUCUUAGACAUUUUGAAGCAAUUUCAGAUCAACAUACCACUGGUGGAUUCGCUGGAACAAAUGCCCAAGUAUGCCAAAUUCAUGAAAGAUGUUCUCUCCAAAAAGAGAGGAAUAAAAAAAUAUGAAACUGUGAAAAUGACACAAGAAAGUUGCAAAUACUUGGGCAAGUGA